AUGGGCAGCUCGCCAACCAUCUUUUUGCACAUUAACGGCAAGCGCCUUGCGAUUGCUCUCAAGUACGAGCCCACCACACUGGCGGACCUUCGCGACUACUUGAAAAAGGAAGGCCACAUGACAGACAACGACCGCUUUAUCCUCUUCCGCUACAAGAGCAAAUUGCCGGUGACGGACAAGCACGUGCCGUACGAAGUCGAGCCUGAGUGCGAGCGCUCGAUCCCUACGAGCGCAUUGUACGAGUUUGGUGAUCCCUACGCCGGUGUCAUUCGUCCGCGCUCCAAGAAGGUCGUUCGAGACAUGCAGAUUGCGCCGGCUCCGUGCAAGGCCUAA